UAAACUGAAGCGCUACGUUAUAAUUGGUGUGACAGAAAAGGAAUAUAUUCUCGUUAAUUUCUCAUCUCACGGCAGUAAAUGAGUGCGCCUGUCUGAGGAGGCGGGACUGUGACCUGCUUAUUGACGUAAAACAUCAGAACUCUCCUCGUCGAUGCAGACCGUAUAAGCCACCAUCAUGUCUGACUGCAGGAGGCAGUGGAACCGGGAGGAUGAACUGCCGGUUUACCUCGCGGGUCCGAUCAGCACUGGGCCGAACCAGCGGAAAUCCUACGGGAUGUUCAGCUCCGUGGAGGGGGCGUUCGACAGCAAGACUAUUGACUUCGACAACUACGCAGUGGGCCGAAAGGGGAGCCGCACCCCGAGAAGCGGGAGCCGGGAGAGGGUCUUGGACACCAGUGACCCUGUGGGGAAGACGCCUGGGGAGGCUAGAGAGGGUUCAGGGAACAGCCCAAGUGGGGAUGCAGAGGAUGCUCGGAGCGGUGUGGGAGUGAGAUUCUCAUCAGAGAAGGAGAGCUCCAACGGAGAGGGUGAAAAUUUGCUGAUCAAAGGGGGUAGAGUUGUAAAUGAUGAUCAGUCUUUCUACGCAGACGUCUACAUUGAGGACGGGCUCAUUAAGCAGGUGGGGGAGAACCUGGCCGUUCCAGGGGGCGUCAGAGUCAUCGAGGCUAAAGGCCGCAUGAUAAUACCAGGGGGUAUAGACGUCAACACGUGUCUGAUGAAGCCUUACCUCAGCACACAGCCUGUUGAUGAUUUCUUCCAGGGCACUAAGGCUGCACUUGCUGGCGGCACCACCAUGAUCAUUGAUCAUGUGACCCCUCAGCCUGGUGAAAGUUUGCUGGAGGCUUUUGAGCGCUGGCAGGAGGUUGCAGAUAAAAAGGCAUGCUGUGACUACUCUCUGCAUGUUGACAUCCCACAGUGGAACGAGAAUGUAAAGGAUGAGCUGGAACUGCUGGUGCAGGACAAAGGCAUCAAUUCCUUUCAGCUGUACAUGGCUUACAAAGAUGUGUACCAGAUGACAGACACUCAGUUGUAUGAGGCUUUCUCCUUCCUGAAGCAGUUGGGUGCGGUGGUGAUGGUUCAUGCUGAGAAUGGAGACCUGAUUGUGCAGGAACAAAGAAAAAUCCUUGGAAUGGGAAUUACUGGCCCUGAAGGCCAUCCUCUGAGUCGACCCGAAGAGCUAGAAGCUGAAGCAGUUUUCCGUGCCAUCACUCUUGGAAACCGUAUCAACUGUCCUGUCUACAUCACCAAAGUGAUGAGCAAGAGUGCAGCUGACACCAUCACUCAGGCCCGGAGGAAAGGCUCUGUGGUUUUUGGGGAGCCGAUUACAGCGAGCCUGGCAACCGAUGGUUCUCAUUAUUGGAGUAAGAACUGGGCCAAGGCAGCUGCUUAUGUGACCUCUCCUCCACUGAGUCCUGACCCCACCACUCCAGAUCAUCUGCACACACUUCUGGCCUGCGGGGACCUCCAGGUGGUGGGCAGCGCUCACUGUGCAUACAGCACUUCACAAAAAGCUAUCGGCAAAGACGACUUCACCCUGAUCCCAGAGGGAACCAAUGGAGUCGAGGAAAGAAUGGGUUUUGUCUGGGACAAGGCUGUGGCCAUGGGAAAGAUGGACGAAAACCAGUUUGUUGCAGUCACUUCAACCAACGCUGCAAAAAUCUUUAAUCUGUACCCACGUAAGGGACGCAUAGCCGCUGGUUCUGAUGCUGAUAUUGUUAUCUGGGACCCUGACAGUGUGAAAACAAUCACUGCCAAACUGCAGCAGUCGGCUGCAGAAUACAACAUCUUUGAGGGUCUGGAGUGCCGUGGUGGGCCGGCGCUGGUUUUGAGCCAUGGCCGGAUUGUUUACGAAGGCAGCAAACUGCAGGUUCAACCGGGCACUGGUCGGUUUUUACCACGCAAGCCAUUCCCUGACCUUGCCUACCAGAGGGUCAAUUGCAGAAAUCAGGUUAAGAGCAAGCAGGGUGUCACUCGAGGGAUAUAUGACGGCCCUGUGUACGAUGUUGCUCCUACACCUAAAUAUAUUACUCCUUCUCCGUCAGCCAAGACUUCCCCCACUUCUCACCAACCACCGCCGAUACGCAACCUUCAUCAGUCCAACUUCAGCCUUUCAGGUGCUCAGAUUGAUGACAACAUCCCUCGUAGGUCUGGCCACCGCAUCGUAGCACCCCCAGGUGGCCGCUCAAACAUCACCAGCCUUGGCUAAAGGCUUGGCUCUGCAUUUG